AUGCCUGAUCAUUUAAAAGAUGAUUCUGUCACAAAGGACAAGCCAUAUAAGAUAUUUUUCAAAGAUCUCUUUCUUUUCAAAGAAAAUGAGAUGGAAAUGCAGAGAAAGGAGAAAUUUCAGAACCGCACCAUGAAAGUGCACCAAAAGUCUACUUUUUCCUCCCGAAUGAAGAGUCGAUCACACCUAGGCCAAAUAGCCUUUUAUGCUGAUACAGCUGGUAGCUUACCAGAAAACUUUGGGCUAGAUCCCACUCUUUUGCUCAGAUUAAAGGAAGGUGCAGACGCAAACAAGACUGUCCAUGAAUUUAUUAAUGAUCAAAGAGACAGGUUUCUGCUUGAGUAUGCUUUGUCAACCAAACGAAAAACAAUUAAAAAGUAUGAAGACAGCAUAGUAUUGAAGGAAAGACAACUCACAAAAGCAGAAAAAAAACUCCAAGAAGAUGCAAUGGCUUUUGAAGAGUUCCUUCGAGAAAAUGACCAGAAAUCUGUAGAUGCUCUUAAAAUUGCAGCACAAGAAACUUUAAACAAACUCCAAGCAACAGCCGAUUUAAAGAAAGCAAGCAUGGAAGUGCAGGCAGUGAAAAGUGAAAUAGCAAAAACAGAAUUCCUCCUUAUGGAGUAUAUGAAAUAUGGACUUUUUCUGUUGAAAUUAUCUCCAAGACACUGGCAAGUCCAGCAAGCACUAAAAAGGAUGAAUGUAUCAAAAAGUAAAGACAAUCUGAGUAACAUCCUUCCAAAAUUAUUAGCAAAAACAUUAGCAAAGAGAAAAGAGGGCAAAGUGGAAGAGUCCAGAAGGGGAUCAUUUUCAGAAGACUCUUCUCCAGGAAAAAGUGUCCAAGGUAAAACCAGAGAUUUGGGACUUUAUUCAUUAAACCGGCCUGAAAGUAUCAGUUCAGAAGACAGCCUGGAGUCCCUUUUAGAUGAUGAUAUGGACUAUGAUCUGGUAACCAGCUUAUAUUUCCUGAUUUCAGGCUUGAAUCUGUUGCGCGAAGAGAAAAUGAAAGAAAAGCAAAAACAUCAGGAGGAACGGCUGAAAGCUGCUCUGGAAAGAGCAGUAGCACAACCCAAGAAAAAGUUGGGAAGACGACUUAUCUUUCGUUCAAGACCUCGAUCUGGUGACAAACAUGAACUACAAUUAGUCAGUGAGACAACAAAAACACAGGAGGAAGAAUAUUUUUUCACUUGA